AUGCGAAACCAGAAGCGAUUGCAUUUUGCUCGUUCCCCGACUCCUUCGAGAAAAAGUUUCAUCGUCUUAUGCCAACCACAUUUUCUAGGUCUAGAUUUUAAGUUUGAGUUUACGGCCUUGUCCCGGUAAUCCAUUCUUAUCAGCACUGUUCUUAAUAGGUUUUCUCCUUUUCAAAGCAGAAAAAGAGACAGCGCUAUUGGGAUUUUCGGAAAUUUUUGGACAGACGAUGGAUUACGGGAAGGUCUAUAAUCACAGACGACGGGGGAUUACAACAAGAAGAUACUACAACUACGUGA